UUCCGUUCAACAGGAAGCACAAACCAAUGAGUGACCGUACUAGUGUUGCGAGCGGUUGCAACAGUUUUGUUGAGCCAGUAUAUAGUCUGAUCGUUGUGCGCCACUGGUCUUCAAGAUGUCCGUCAUGCUGGAGAACGAGAACCCCGUGGUGUUCCAGCGGUCCGGAGCGAGGCUGUGGACAGCGGCCGACGAGGACGAGGGGGUCCACGACCCCAUCGACCACAGGGAGGUGUUCGAUUUGAUUCGAUCUAUCAACGACCCAGAACAUCCUCUGUCUCUGGAAGAACUCAAUGUGGUGGAGCAAGUCAGAGUCCAGGUAAAUGAUGAAGACAGUACGGUUGGCAUCGAGUUUACUCCCACCAUCCCGCACUGCAGCAUGGCCACUCUCAUCGGCCUUUCCAUCAAAGUCAAGCUGCUUCGCUCGCUGCCAGAGAGGUUCAAAAUUGAUGUUCACAUUACCCCAGGGACUCAUGCUUCAGAGGAUGCAGUAAACAAGCAGCUUGCUGACAAGGAAAGAGUAGCGGCAGCUCUGGAAAACUCCCAGCUACUGGAGGUUGUCAACCAGUGCCUGUCCACCAAGAGUCCCUGACCUGCUGGCUCCCCAUCAGUGACUGCCCACCCCUGUGAUUCUGCUUUAAGGCUGCUUCUGUAACCUGACAUCCAAUCCCAAUAUAACCACAAUAUUUUCCUGAAUAAAAAAAUGAUUAUUUAUUAGCUGACAUGUAUACAGGUUUGUGAAUCUAACUUCUGCAUUUAUUCUUUGUGACAUGCGAGUGAUUUAAAAUGUUAGUGAAUUGGGUUGGAUAUAUUUUAAGAUCAGUUUGUGUAAACUUGCAAUAAAUAAUAUUUUU